AUGGAUGAUGGCCUAACCCCCUCAAAAAUUACAAUUCCUGAGAAUGUUGAAACAGCCGGAUCUGAACUCACCUUACCGAAGAACGUUCUGCCGUACGGGAAGGUCGCCAUCCGGCUGGAGGUCACGGUGGAGGAGACCUUGUCUGGACUCCGUGUCGUGACGUCAGCUGAGCAGUGGGUGAAUGUCUUAUCUUCGGCACUGGUGGCUGACAUUGCCGGUGGCUCAGCAAAGUCACUCGCACGUGGCUCCGACAUUGUCCUCGACGGUUCGUUUUCUACAGAUCCAGACGCCAUGGUGACAGACGCAGCAGACUUCACCUAUAACUGGACCUGUGUAACAGAAUCAGGAACUUCAUGCGAAGACGUUUUUGGUGAUGGUGGAACCAGCCAAUCGUAUGUCAUUUCUUCCAACAACCUCCAACCGAGUGUACGUGGGUUGACUGUCCAGCUGAGCGUAUCGUUCCAGGACAGAAUUCCUGGGACGACCUCUCAAACACUGGAGGUUUUCCCGGUUGGAUCUCCGUCCAUCUCGAUCAGAUGCUUCAGCAACUGUAACAGGAAAAUCAACCCGUCAGAGAAACUGAUUCUGGUGGCGGAGUGUACAAACUGUGAGGAGAACGAACUGGUCAGUUACAACUGGACGUUACAGGAAGCUCCGGACGGGUUUGGCAGGUCCGAUUUGAACUGGGACACCGAGAGCACCACGGGAAGAAACCUACCGGAUGUGGUUUUUGAACCAGAAGUUUUCACGGCUCUUGGUGACUACACGUUCAGAGUCGAAGCCUCACUGGACUACGGUCGCCAGGGCUUCUCUGAGUACAGUUUUGAGCCGAACGAGCCGCCUGUGGUCGGAAGCUGCACAGUCAGCCCGGAAAACGGCACGGCCAUGGUGACAGAGUUCACUUUUACUUGUACAGGGUUUUCUGACUCAGACGAGCCUCUGACUUACACCUUCCUCUUCAACACGGACGCUGCUGCUGGAUUUACUCCGCUGUACACAGAAACGGAGCCGACGACACCACCACAGCUCCUGCCUGUUGGCCAAGAGUCACGUGACUUUGUUGUGAGAAUCCAAGCUCAAGUCUCGGAUUCUCUCGGAGCGACAUCGAACGUCGAGACGUCUGUUCAGGUCCUGGCACUUCCAGCAGAACAGUCCACAGCCGUAGCCUCGCAGCUCGUGGUUGGGGAGAACAGUCCUCUAACCCAGCUGGUGCGGGAAGGAGACGCCAAGUCCUUGGUGCAGAUGUCCAACAGCGUGACGUCUGUCUUAAACACGGUCCCGACUAACGCGUCAGCCGAGACACGGAGGGCAGCCACUGAGGCUCGAGAGGCUCUUGUUAGCGCAUUGACGACCAUCAAACCUACCAGCGUGUCGUCUGUGAACCUUGUAGCGAGCGCGCUGGGCUCGGCCACAAGCGGAGGGGACGACGUGUCAGCGGACUCUCAGGUUGCUGCUGCAAAUUCCUUAAAGAACAUGGCAGGAUUUCUUCAGAGUUUACCUCCUGAGGACCUGGAAAUAGGCCAGAUAGAAAAGUCGUCUUCAUUCAUGUUUACAGCUGUAGUCAAUAUAAUGGCUGGAUCCUCAAAGGUAUCUGACAAGACCAAAAUCUCCAAUGAGACUGACAAUGACCAAGUUGAAAAAGCAAAGAAGACAACGCAGGGCAUCUUUGCUGCCAUAGACACUAUGAAUGAAUUGAUGCUUGCCCGGAAACGACCGAACGAGAAGCCGACUGUGAUCCAGCAGGGUCCGUUUGAGAUGGCCUUACAGAGGCAGAACUGCCGGGACAUGAGGUCACAGAUCGUCCGGCCCUCGGAAAACAGCGACACGUGGUUCCGGAUUCCGGAUGCCUCCACUCUGUUUGGACAGUCGUGUGGCCGUGGACAAUCCGUGGGGUUUGAGAACUACCACACGUCCCUGAACCCAUAUUCCUACGCCGGCAACUCAGACAAGAUUAAGUCACCUCUGGCGUCACUGAAGUUUAGAAGUGACUCGGGUCCUGUCGGGGUCAAUGACCUGCAGGUUCCUAUUGACGUCAUGAUGCCGCAGAAACCAGGUACUGUGGUGGUGCAGACAGAGCGUGGGGAGACCACACCGACUGGACAGGACGUCAUGUCGAUGCAUUCCUUCAACGUUACCGAAGCAGACAGCUCCGUCCAUGUCACCGUCACACCUCACGUGGAAGGAAUACCUAUCCGUUUGUUCCUCGGUAUCAACAGCGCCCCCUCCCGACAGGUCUAUAACUGGACAACGUCCUUGCCAUUAGCGGUGGACUCCAUGUACUCAAUUCCAUUAGGAAACAACUCUUACCUCCGGCCAGAUCCGUUCCAGUGGUUUCUGUCAGCCAGUGACUUGGGUCUGACCGGAUCUGAACAACUGUUUCUUGGGGUGGACCACGAGCCAUUCACGAACGACACGAGUACCAACGAUACCACAGUAAUGUGGGGUGACCUGUCAGAAGCUUUGAAACUGGGAUAUGGUGGAGUAAACUUCACCUUGAACUACACUCUCCAGAUCUUCACUUCUAAGUGCCUGUUCUUUGAUGACGCUCAGCAACAAUGGAGCUCUGAUGGGUGUGAGGUUGGCCCGUUGACCAGUACUACAUUGACCCACUGCCUGUGUGACCACCUCACCACGUUCGGCUCCGACUUCCAGUUCUUCGUGGCGCCGAACUCCCUCAACAUCCUGUCGGCGCUUCAGGGCUUCGCAAACAUCGGCGAGAACCCGUCGGUUGUCAUCACCAUCGGAGUCCUGUUUGGACUUUAUCUUCUGAUUGUGAUAUGGGCAAGAUGGGAGGACAAAAAGGACUUGUCAAAGGUUGGGGCUACAGUGCUGAGAGGAGCAGGUAGAAACAGCCACUCCUACCAGGUUCAGGUGUUCACGGGAACCCGCGCCAACGCUGGAACCAGUUCACAGGUGUUCCUGGUGCUAAGAGGAGAGUUGGGUCAGUCUGUUCCGUAUGUGUUGGAAGACAAAACCCGCAUCACGUUCAAGCAAGGCGCUGUAGACACGUUCGUGGUGACGUCAUCUGUACAUCUGGGUCCUCUACAGUCUAUCCAUAUUUGGCACAAUAACAUAGGACCCUACCCGUCCUGGUUCCUAGAGCAAGUUAUUGUGACCGACCUUCAAGAGGAAGCCAAACACGUUUUCCUGUUGAAAAGCUGGCUUGCUGUUGAAGAGGGAGAUGGAAAGGUAGACCGAGAAGUAAAAAAGGCUACAGACAAGGAUCUGACCCGGUUUGCUCGUCUCUUCUCCACUAAAACGUCUAAGGACUUCCGCGACGGCCAUCUGUGGUUUUCUGUGAUUGGUCGGCCUGCAACAAGUCCCUUUACCCGAGUGCAGCGCAUCUCCUGCUGUCUGUCUCUGCUGAUGUGUACGAUGCUCACCAACAUCAUGUUCUUCGGUAAGGGAGAAAGUAUGCCGAAGCCACCGCCAGUCUACAUCCUGGGGUUCCAAGUACAGUUUCCCAUCUCCUGGGGCCAGAUAAUGAUCGGUAUCCAGAGUGCUCUGAUGGUGAUCCCCGUCAAUCUGCUCAUUGUCCAAAUUUUCCGGAAUUGCGCGGCCAGACCUUCCAGAAAAAUCAGGGAUAUGAGAAACGUACCAAGAAAAGAUCCAGAAGGCAGAGCAUCCUCAAGGAUGUCGUUUAGCAAGGACGAUACUGUAUUAGACCGGAAAUCGUCCUCCUACGAAGUGCCAUCAGGGGGUGAAGGUACAUCCGCCGCUAAAGUCAGCGAGAAAGUUGUACAACAAGCCAAAGAACAAGACCUCCCACACCAGACAGCCGUUUUGGUCGAAGAAAUUGAUGAUGUGGAAGAUGAAAGCUACGACGCCACAGUGAUGCAAAGUGGCCAAUCUGAGAAAAUUGCUGAGAUGGCAAAGAAAAAGAAGAAACGACUUUUGCCAUGGUGGUGUGUAUUUUUCGCAUGGUUCCUUGUGUUUUCCACGUGUUCCCUGUCGGCGUUCUUCACCAUGUUGUACGGGUUCGAGUACGGCCGUGAGAAGGCCGAGGCCUGGGUUCUCACCUUCCUCACUUCCUUCUUCUUCGACCUCGCCAUCUCUCAACCACUCAAGAUCCUACUUAUAGGAUUCAUUUUCGCGUUAAUAAUAAAGAAACCUGACUCCUUGGACGAUGACGUCCCUCCAGCUCAACUUUACGAAGAUGAGGAGUUUUUUGGACCUCAGACUGAAGACCAACCCAAAGAGACAACCCCAGAAGCGACUGGUCCUCCAGAUCAGGGUGUACUGGAAGUUGCCAGGGAACAGCGGUUCGUAGAGCUCGGCUUCAGGGAUGCGUGUUACGACUUUGUGUUCUACACCAGCUACAUCCUUCUCCUGAUAAUCAUAGCGAAUGGGAACAGGGACCAAUACAUGUACCAAAUGUCCAACCACCUUCGUGACACCUUCAUAGGACCAUUCUCAAAGGUCAAUGAUUUUGAAAUGUUCUGGAAAUUCGUCAGAGUAAACAUGACUUCAGACCUUCACGACGUGAAAUGGUACAAUGAGAAGUCCCUUAACAGGCCAGGCUUUCUAGAAGACACCAGUAGUUUCCUAGUCGGGCAUCCCAGGCUCCGUCAGGUCCGAGUGUCUGCAGAUAAAAGCUGUGACGUCCCGGGGGUAAUGGCGAAGGUGAUGUCUGACUGUGACCGGUCCUACAGCCUCUUGGACAGUGACGAUAACAGUUAUGACGUCGGCUGGACACAUAACAACAUGACAUUUGACGUAAGAAACUGGGAGAAUGUUUCGUACGGCCAGAGACCAUGGAUAUAUCAGCCUGCAUCGCUUAGCGCGGCUGUUCCUGACUCUGGCGAACAUGGCACCUACUUCGGCGGCGGUUACCUAGUGGAACUAUCCAAUAGCGCCGACAUGGAACUGAUAGAUGAACUGCAGGAAAAGAACUGGAUAGACGACAACACGAGGGCAGUUUUCAUAGAGUUCAUCGUGUACAAUGCAAACGCAAACCUUUUCGCUGUCUUCAACUUACUAGCUGAGUUCACCAACCUAGGAAGAGUCUUUCCACAGAGUGAGAUCAUGGUGGUCCGGUUGUACCCGUACACGACAGCCUGGGGGUUCGUUCUGCUGGGAUGUCACGGACUCUUCCUACUUGUGUCUUUGUAUCUUGCAUAUAAAGAAGUUCGCCGGAUACUGACGUUGGGAAAAGAAUACUUCAAGAUGUUCUGGCGUGUAGUGGAGCUCGUGCUGUCCCUGUUGGCUAUGGCGGAAAUCGGGGUUCACCUUUAUACCGCCUACCUGAUUCUCGGCUUCAACACAAGCAAGAAAGAAAACAUCAGCGGGGAUGAGAGAUACAACAAGUACAAACAAGCUGCAAGCUGGGAGAAAAUCAACACGUACAUUCUCGGCUGGCUGGUCUGUGUGGCGUGUUUAAAGAUGCUGUAUUUGUGCCGAUUCAACAAAACCAUACAACGUGGACCCAAAGUCGCUAGAAAGUCACUGGCAAAAUUGCUCAGCUUCCUGAUUAUAUUUGUCACCUUCUUUAUGGCUUUCUCCCUGUUUGCGUACCUUGUCCUCGGCACAAAACUCACCAAGUAUGGAAGCUUUGUACGGACCAUGCAAACGUUGUUUGGCGUCAUGCUUGGAGACAUGGACUAUCCUACAUUGAAGUCUGCACACGACGUACUUGGGCCGCUGAUGUUGUUCGGCUUCGUAACCCUUUUCGCCAACAUCUUGGUCAUGAUGUUCCUAGUCAUUCUCAGUGAUGCCUACUCCGACGUCGUCGAGGAGGAACAAAUCCAGGGUAAAUCUGAAAAUGACAAAAUCAAAGAAUACGGCGUGUACAGGUUGAGGAAGCUUCUCAUGAAAAAGCCCAAUAGUGUCGCCAUUACCAAGCAGAAAUCCGAAGCAGAAAUAUCUGUCAUAAGCGACAUGCCGCCAUCAAUUCCUACAAGAAACAUCGAUGGAAAGUCGCUGAAGAAUUCUUUGUCCGAAGAUAAGGCAACAUCGGAGAACGACCUGAAACAAGGAGCCCAUGGACAUCUCUGGUUGGAUGACGACUGGCAGAAAGUACGAUCGAUGUAUGCGGGGAAAUUUGACGAAGCAGCAGUGGCAGUGGACAUAACGUGGCCUGAAGGAGCUUGUGAAAACUCAAAAGUUGGGACAGCUCGGCGCCGCAGCUCAACAUUUCAGUCGAGACGUACACUCUCUGAGAUUGAAGAACAUACUCCUGCUCCAUUGAAGCAGGAGGGCUAUGGCAGUACUUCGACAGGGCCAGUGGACAUGGCGUCUUCGGUUGAUGUUGCUAGUGGGAGUCAGCAAAGCGAAGUCCCACCUGCCCGGUCCAACAGCUUAUUAGCUCUUCUACAUAGAAUUCGCCCUUCCAGCUUUGACAAACAUUCUCAAAACGACGCCUUGGAGAAAGAUAGCGGCAAGGACAGUAAUCCUGCAGGGUCAGUAGACAUGGCGUCUUCGGUUGAUGAACACCAAAGUACUGCUAAGGACAGUGAUCCGGCAGCACCUGUAGUUAUGGCGUGGUCGGGGGAUGUUGCUGGGGAGAAUCCAGUUGGAACAGACCGUCGCCGUAUCGAACGUCAAUCUACCGUUGUCUCCUUCAGCAGCGUUGUACUACCACUUCCAGGGUCAGACUCACCAGUCUAAUGUCAUCUUGGUAAAUGCAUUUCUAUCAUUCCGUCCCGUCCCAAAUGCUGCUGUAGAACUGUAGAACGGAUGAACAAUAGAUCAGGGAAUAGUGCAUGCGUGUCUAGUCCUUAACUGUAA